CCCUGGGUAGCGGCCGCGCUCCGGCCGGGCCGUGGCGUGCGCUGAGCCAUGCACUGAGCCAUGCACUGAGCCAUGCAUUGAGCCAUGCACUGAGCCAUGCAUUGAGCCAUGCAUUGAGCCAUGCACUCUGGGAACGGCACGGGGGCGACGAGCCGCCCGCAACCCGCAGCAGCGGGACACGAGGUGCCGGGCGAGCGGCCGCUCUUCAGCGCCGGCACCUACGAGCUGCUGGCGCUGCUCAUCGCCACCAUCGGCACGCUGGGCGUGUGCAACAACUUGCUGGUGCUGGUGCUCUACUACAAGUUCAAGCGGCUCCGCACGCCCACCAAUCUCUUCCUCGUCAACAUCAGCCUCAGCGACCUGCUGGUGUCCGUCUGCGGCGUCAGCCUCACCUUCAUGUCCUGCCUGCGGAGCCGCUGGGUGUGGGACGCCGCCGGAUGCGUCUGGGAUGGAUUCAGCAACAGCCUCUUCGGAAUUGUUUCAAUUAUGACUCUCACUGUUCUUGCCUAUGAACGCUACAUUCGAGUAGUCCAUGCAAAAGUGAUUGACUUCUCUUGGUCUUGGCGAGCUAUCACAUACAUUUGGCUUUAUUCAUUAGCCUGGACUGGAGCACCUCUUUUGGGCUGGAACAGAUACACACUGGAAAUUCAUGGAUUAGGUUGCUCAAUGGACUGGAAGUCAAAAGAUCCCAAUGAUACCUCGUUUGUGCUACUUUUUUUCCUUGGCUGUCUGGUAGCACCUGUUGUGAUCAUGGCUUAUUGCUAUGGCCAUAUCCUAUAUGCAGUAAGAAUGCUUCGAUGUGUGGAAGAUUUUCAGACUUCUCAAGUGAUUAAACUUCUAAAAUAUGAAAAGAAAGUGGCUAAAAUGUGUUUCUUAAUGAUCUCUACCUUCCUUAUUUGUUGGAUGCCUUAUGCAGUUGUCUCCCUCCUAGUAACAUAUGGCUAUAGCAACCUUGUAACUCCCACAGUAGCUAUAAUCCCAUCUUUCUUUGCCAAAUCAAGUACUGCUUAUAAUCCAGUCAUCUACAUCUUCAUGAGUAGAAAGUUUCGACAAUGCCUUUUGCAACUCCUGUGCUUUCGCCUGAUGAGAUUCCAGAGGACCAUGAAAGAGCCCUCAGGAGCAGGGAAUGUCAAACCGAUACGACCGAUAGUAAUGUCUCAGAAAGUAGGGGACAGGCCAAAGAAGAAAGUGACAUUCAGCUCUUCCUCCAUCAUUUUUAUUAUUGCCAGUGAUGACACUCAGCAAAUAGAUGAUAACAGCAAACACAAUGGGACAAAAGUAAAUGUCAUCCAAGUAAAGCCACUAUAGGGAUGAGCUACAUAGACAUUAGAAUCUGAUGAACUCCAGUCAGUGACUGUUUGGGCUGAAGACUGGUUUCAGUUAUAGUGCCUGUGGUCUGCCAAAGGAAGUCAUAUUAACCUGUGAAGUACUGAAGUAAUUCUGCAUCAGAAGCUCUGUUGGCAGUUCAGUUUUGGUCACAAUAUAGAAAUCUUCACAUUCGCGCCAAACUUGAUGGAUGUUUUUACUCUGAACUUUCCUAAAGUAUAUCAUAGUGUGUUUAAUGGAUUGUACUCUAUAUGGAGGCCUGUAAAGAGAGGAGUCCUGCUGGGGACUUUGGUGGGACCUGCCCAUCUUAUCAAUGACCUGGAGAGGUGACAAGUGCAUUCCUCUCAGUUUUGAAGAUAGCACUAAACCGGGCAUGAGCAAUUUUUAGGCUCAAGGACAGGACUGCCAUUCUGGAGAACAUGGUCAGGCUGAAGGAAUAUUACUAACUUCAACAAGACCAAGUGCAAAGACUUGUGCUUGGAGAAGAGCCAUGUGCAACACAGCAGGAAAGGCCCUGGAUGCCUGUGAUGUAGCUCAGUGGAAAAGGAUUUGAGUUCCUGCUGAGAAACAAGCAGGGCAUGAGCUUGUAGUGCACCCUGGGAACAAGGAAGGGCACUGACGUUCUGGGCUACACUGACAACAGCAGAGCCUGAUAGAUUGAGUGAAAUGAUUAUGCCCCUCAACUCAGCGCUCAUUAGGUCGCAUCUACGCUGCAUCCAAUUUUGGAACCUCCAGUACAAGAAAGGCACUUGUAAACAGGAGUGAAUGUAUUUGGUCUGCCAGAAUUGUAAGGUUUUGGAGCACUUGGCCUGUUAGGAGAGACUGGAGCCAGUUGCAUUGGAGAAGCCUGGGAAAAAGAUGUCUUCAGGAGUAACAACCUUCCAAUAGUGACAAAGCAGUUUUCAAGAAGAUGCAACCAAGCUGUUCAGGGUGAUAUGUGCUGAAGGGAUGAGAGACAAGCAUGAACAGAAAGGAUGAGAUUCAAAUAGUGUAUAAAGAAAAGCUUUGUUUACAGCCAAGCAAUGGAACAGGUUAGAAUAGCGAAUUCCUAAGGUUCCUUCAGCCUGAGUUAUCCUAUGAUUCCCUAAACUGCAAGCGCUUCCAGUGAACAGAGUUCUUAGGAAUGAGGGAGAAAUAUUUGAAAUUGGCUGAGGUUUAGUUUGUCUCAUUUGCUGCUUUGCAGGGAAGAAAAAAAGAACAAGAAAAAAAGUGAAAAAAACCAAAGUAAUGAUAUCCACAAUGACUAGGGCAGUGGUUAAAUAAAAAGCCACCUAGUGGCUGUAUGUAUGUACUCAGUAAGCCAUUCUCUUCUUGCUCCCUGGUGGAAUUCCUUAGCUGUGUUGUGUGAUAAAGUCAUGCAAAUCAAAGCUCCGAUGAAAAACAGCCAGUAAAAAAGGAUAAUCGGUUUUGUUUUGGUUUUACUUGUUUGUUUAAAUAUACUUUAUGCAUCUUUACCCCACAUCCAUUUAUCAUAUAUGUUUAACAGGAGCCUUGUGCUAUAUUAAUGCUAACCUGCUCUGGCACUUUGGAAAAAGUAGUGGCUAAAGAAGAGCAGAGGAACUUUUGCCUACAUUGUAGUGUCAGUAAUGAUUGUUCUAUUUAAUGUUCAGUAACAGAACAGAAACAGCUUUUUCUCACUUUUGUGAAUGUUGAUCAUACCAAAUGACAGUAGGAUUCUGCUCUGGACAGGGCCACCUGUCAUGUUGGAUGAAUAAGUUUGAGAACUAAUUUUGAGUUAUGGGAGCUGAUUCUCCGUCACAUCCAUUAAGCUGAUGUGAUUUAUUUGCUUCAGUCUAAUAAAUGGGCAACAUGGAUCUACAACAUGCAGCUUUUCCAUCUUGGUAAAAACUGUGACAGAAGCUAUUAAGAAACUGCUUGCUUCCUCUAGGGGUAAAUCUUUGAGAGGUAUAAGGGCAAUGUGAAGAAUAACUGCCAGGACUGGGAGCUAUUGAUCUCGUGGUCAAGAAUAAGACUUCAAAUAAAGGAAAAUCAGACCCCAAAUACAGAACCUUUUGGCCCCAGUCACUGAAGAUAUCACCAUAUUCCUGGGAGUAGGGAUUGAUGACCUCAACUCAAAAUACAUGUUUGUGCAUGUGCUUUUGAAGAGGGAAAUUACUUAUACAUGCACCCUUCUAGAACAUCAGCACUGGCAAUCUGGCUCUGCAUCAUGUUUAGAAGUACUUCUAGUGCGCAUUCUGUUUUCUAGAUUAAAUUACAAGCUAAGAGAAAACAUGAUAAUUGCUCAUUUCUUUCAUGUUUUUUUUGUUUUGCUAUAAAGGCAUAGAUAAAUUGUCUUAGGAUGUAAAGGGUUUGCCCUUACAAAAAGCAUGUUCAUUUCAAUGUCAACAACUUCGUUCUCAGCCACUGGUCGCUGUAUCUAUGCACUUUUAUAUUUGCAAAAAGCGAAAGAUACUCUAGCAUUGCAUACAGUGAUUCCAUCCUUUUAACAAAAUGUUUGAUAUUUUAGUGUUUUAUGUAUAUUGAGCCUUCAAUAAGUGAUUAAAUUUAUCUAAUUUAUAUUAA